CUACAGUAACUUGAGUAUAAUUUCAAGUUAGGUAACUUAUAUCGAUAUAAACCAUUAAAAUUAAUUAAAUACAUUUUGGACCAUUGAUUAAAAAACUAAAAACAUUCUAAAAAUUAAUUAAAUCCAGUUUAUUUUUAUGGAAUGUAGGGGUCGUUUGGAAGUUGUGAUUGUUAAAUAGAUGUAUUGUUGAGAAUGCAUGUAUAAUAUUAUACAUGUAUUGUCGAAUUUGAUGCAUUGUAGAAUACAACGUUUGGUAUGUGUGAUUGUGUAUGUCGCAUCAACUAAAAGCUGAGACAAAACAAUAUCAACUCAACUAUCUCAACAAUCACAACUAAAAGUUGAGAUAUAACAAUCACUCAAAAUGAGUGAUAGUUUCUGUCACAUCAUAGAAACAAUCCAUGUAUUGUUUCUGCUAUAAAAAAACGAUGCAUUGUAAAUAAUACAUGCAUAAUGAAAAUCUCAACAAAACAAUCGCAACUUCCAAACGACCACGUAUUUCUUUUGUGGAAAGUUGUCUUUAGUUUUGAACUUUUACCAUAGCUGUCAAUGGAAGGCUUUUACUUUUCUUUUGGGUUAAUACCUUAUUUUGGCCCGAACUAUGACCAUAUAAUUAACUUUGGCGCAUGGUUUAAGAAAUUAACAUCCUGGCCUCAACUAUGCACCAUAUAGACUCAAUUGGCCCGACUCGUGAAUUUUCGUCAAAUUAUACGGUCAACGUCAUUGACCGUUAAUGAAUCAGCAUGCUACGCUGACGUGGAUGCUAUGUUGAAAAUAAAAAUAAAUAAAUAAAUAAAAAUUUAAUAAAAUAAAAAUUAUCAUUCUCUCUCGUCACUCAGCCCACACAGCCCUAUCCCUUCUUCCCCGAUGAUCCCUUUCCCAACCCUCUCUGACCCGGUUCCUUGGUCCUUUCCUCCUCAACCUUCCUCCUCAUCCGCCGCCGCCAUCUCCAGCAACUGAACCUUUCUCCUUUUCGUGUCCCUCGCCUCCCUCUCCUUUCUCUAUCAAAUUGGAAAUAAUAGUUGAGGAAGGAGACAAACAACAAAUCCUUAUUAAUUUAAGGCAAAAUACAGCUGCAUAUCCAUAACUAUCACGUUUGUGACAAAUAUAUCCACAACUAUCGAAAUACACGAAAUAUCCAAAAAUCGGAAGGUUGUGUGACAAAUCUAUCCACUUCCGUCUGAAACUAUAACGGUGUUAGUGACGCCGUUAAUUAUUGUGACGGAAUGCUGACUAGGAUCAAAAUCACUGUCCACGUCAGCAACAAAUCAGCAUAAUAUUAGAGUUAAAUGACAUGUCAGAAAUUAAUUAAUAAAAAAUUUAAAAUUAAAUUUUUUUGGCGAUCAUCCCCAUAUUUUCGGCAACGCUAUCCCGACGCCGAGCUUCAUUACCAAGCGGCCAAAUCCCAACAGUGAGCUUGGUUUCCUCCUCUAGCUUCCUCUCACGCUUCCGUCGCCGACAUCGAUCUUGGUCUUUUGCUUUCUCAAUCGACGAUCUGGGCUUGCCCACUUGCUCAAUCGACUUUCUGUUUCUUUCUCAGAUGGAAACCAAUCCCACAGCCGAUGUGAAAACCACCAAAUCGAAGCAAGCAGAGGAUUGGAAAAACCCCAAAUCGCAUCAAGCAGAGGAUGAACCCCCCCACAUCGACCGCGGAUGGAAGAAGACCUGGCGGCGGGGUCACUUAGCCGGCUCGAUUCCCAGUGAACUCGCUGAGAUGCCCAACCUCGACGCCCUCCCAGAGUCCUUCGCGCGGCUGCUUGAAGGGAAGUUCCUGUCUCAAUAUCUCUCCUAGCGACGUUGAGCUCCUCAACGACCGGUUGACCACAAAAGAUGGAGCUAGUAAAGAUCGACUUAGGGCAAGGACAACCGUUGCGGCGGAUCCAGCUUCACCACAGAAACCCAAAUUCGACCUCCGAGCCUAAGAGUUUGAUUUGAACGAAUCAACAUCGAGCUUCAGCUUCCAACUACGAUGUAACCUCCGAGCUUCAAUCAAAAACCCAGAUUCGAGCUCCGAGUCUCCAAGAUUGAUUCGAAUGGAAUCAUUUCAAACUUCGAUUGACCUUUGAGCUUCAACCCAAAAACCCAGAUUCAAUAGAGGCGUUUGUGUUGGUACUUGGAGGCGAUUGCGUACGUGAACGACAUGGCGAAAGGGGUGGUAUAAAUGAGAUGCGCUACC